CUCCUCAGGACGCGCGCUGAUUGGCCGAGGCCUAGCAAAGAGCGCCCGGGGAUCCAAACCUGCAGGCCGCACUUAGCUUACCGUGAAAAUAUCACCAAAACAAUAACAGACUAACGCCAGAAGAAACAAUAACACCGCUACAGACAGAAGACGACACUGUCAGAACUAAACAUUUGGUCACUGGAUGGGGGAAAGUGAAUAAAACCCAGCUGCUGCCUCUGAGGAACAGGUCAAAUGUGAAGUCUUUUUUGUAUUAAACAUGGACCAAGGAGGAGGAGUGUUGGAGCUACACACACAAGAGUUGAAGAUGCCCCAUACAAUGAUCAUGCAAGACUUCGUUGCAGGAAUGGGGGGUCUGGCCCACAUCGACGGCGAGCACAUUGUCGUGUCGGUGCCUGAGGGAAUGCUUCUCUCUGAUGUCAUGACUGACGAGGGCAUCCUGCUGGAGCACGGUCUGGAGGUGGAGGGUCUGGAGACACAGGUGGUUGAAGGACUGGAGACCGAAGUGGUGGAGAGUUUGCACACAGACGUCGACGGUCUGGAGGCGGGCGUGGUGGAGGGGCUGCAGACUCAGGUGGUGGAGCUGGAGGCCCAGGUGGUGGAGGGCCUGGAGGGAGAGGUGGAGGUGGAAGGAAUUGAAGCGCACGUCGUGGAAGGUCUGGACGUGGACGUGGACGGGCUGGAGGCUCACGUCGUGGAGGGAUUGGAGGCUCACGUCGUGGAGGGGCUGGAGGCUCACGUCGUGGAGGGUCUAGAGGAGGAAGUGGAGGUGGGAGGGCUGGAGGCGGAGGUGGUGGAGAGUCUGGAGGUGGAUGUGGAAAGCCUACAGUCACAGGGAGUGGACAGCCAUGACGUGAGCAGUGAGGACAUGGGGCCGCCGGAGCACAGCGUCAUUAUGCCUGACAACAUCCUCGGGACUGAAGUGGCCAUAGAGGAGGCUCUGGACUCACAUCACCACCACGUUUUAACUUCAGACCUCAUUCAGGAUUCAGAUUCAGGCCACCCUGACGACAUGCCAGACCAGGUGUUUGUGGCAGAGCUGCUGUCGGAGCACCAGGACAACACUUUGGACCAUCAGCUGGUGUCAGAGGGUUUGAUGGUAACAGAGGCCAACGCGGAAACCAUCAUCCACCAACAGUUACAGACCACAGCUGUGCCUCUUCAGACCGAUGAAGACGAUGACGCACAAAGCAGCUCGGAGGAUUACCUCAUGAUUUCCUUGGAUGAGGUGGGAGAAAAGCUGGACAUUGGUGACACUCCUCUUGAAAUUAGCACAGAAGUUUUGGAGGACAAAGAAUCCAAAGACGAGGACGGCUCAGAGGUCAUCAAAGUCUAUAUUUUUAAAGCUGAGGCUGAUGAUGAUUUAGGAGGAACAGAGGUUAUAACAGAAGACGAUUAUCACAACGGCCAUCCUGACCUGGAGGCCGCCUCGUCGGGCAGGUUAGGAGUCGGCCGCGAUAAGAUGGUCUACAUGGCCGUCAAAAAUCCACCAAAAGAAGAAGAGGAAGAUGAGGAUGACAGUGAUGAUGAUGACGAAGAUGAGAUCAGUAUGUAUUUAUACUUUAUACAAAAUAUUUAUUUACAAGUGUAUUUAUUAUUAUUUAUUAAACAACAAUAUGUCGUUUCUUCUUCAGCGAACACCAUUGAUCAGGUUAAAAAUGGCACGACUGCACCUUUCCUUCAAAUCCGAGAGGAACUUAAUGCAAAUCGAGUCCUUAAACCUAAACCUAAGAAAAAGAAGAAAGGAGACACACGUCAGUGUCAGACAGCUGUUAUCAUCGGACCCGACGGGAUGCCUUUGACUGUUUACCCUUGUUACAUUUGUGGGAAAAAGUUCCGUUCUCGAGGAUUCCUCAAAUGUCACAUGAAAAACCACCCUGACCAUCUUCUGAAGAAGAAGUAUCAGUGUACAGACUGUGACUUUACGACCAACAAGAAAAUCAGUUUCCACAAUCACCUGGAGAGCCACAAACUGCUGAGCCACAACAGCGAGCGCUCUCCUGAAUACACAGAGUACGCUCGCCGUUUCCACGAGUCCAGUCCGCUGGGAUCAGAUAAGCUCAUUGUCAAGGACCGAGAGCCCAAACUACAUCACUGCAAAUACUGCGAGUAUGAAACUGCUGAGCAGGGUCUUCUUAACCGCCACCUGCUGGCGGUACACAGUAAAAACUUUGCACACGUCUGUGUGGAGUGUGCCAAAGGCUUUCGCCAUCCGUCAGAGCUGAAGAAACACAUGCGCACCCACACGGGCGAGAAGCCAUACCAGUGUCCGCACUGCGAGUUCCGCUGUGCGGACCAGUCCAACCUAAAGACUCACAUCAAGAGCAAACACGGAGCAGACAUGCCCUUCAAGUGCAGCCACUGUCCACAGGCCUACGCCGACGCUCGAGAGCUGCAGCGCCACAUAGAGAUGGUGCAAGGCCACAAAACCCACCAGUGCCCCCACUGUGAGCACAAAAGCACCAACUCCAGUGACCUGAAACGACACAUCAUCUCCGUUCACACCAAGGACUUCCCCCAUCAGUGUGACGUGUGUGAGAAGGGCUUUCACCGGCCCUCCGAGUUAAAGAAACACGCAGAGACACACAAAGGCAACAAGGUGCACCAGUGCCGCCAUUGCAAUUUUAACGCCCCCGACACCUUUACCCUUAGCCGUCAUAUUCUGUCCCUGCACACCAAGGACCUCCCCUUUAAAUGCAAGCGCUGCAGGCGAGGCUUCAGACAGCCGGCCGAGCUGAAGAAGCACAUGAAGACUCACAGCGGUAGAAAGGUUUAUCAGUGCCAGUAUUGUGAGUACAACAGUACGGACGCUUCAGGUUUCAAACGACACGUCAUCUCCAUUCACACCAAGGACUAUCCCCACCGCUGCGACUACUGCACCAAGGGCUUUAGGCGGCCGUCAGAGAAGAGCCAGCACAUAGCCAGACAUCACAAAGAGAUGUUAAUGUAAUCUGUUUAUAAACACUCCCCUGUGUCUACGGCGCGGGUCCUUUUAGCGUAUUAACAAAGAAGUGGACAUGCGUAUAUAUACACAUAUAUACAUAUAUAGGUUGUUGAUGAAGGCAGCAGCUGUAAUUGCCGUUCUGUGUUGUAAUGGGUGUUCACCUUGUUCCUUUCUAAUAAGACUGGUGCACACACUGGUGGGGCAGGUGUAAAUUGUUUUGUUGCAGAAAAUCACUUAUGAACAUAUAUUCAGGGUUUGAAAUGUCUAUAUUUUUAUACCCACUCAGCUGAAAGGCUGCGAGAUGAUGACUGUAGACUCUGUCAGAUAGCAGUGCUUUUUAAUCAUGCAGAAGGAGGAAAGACGACAGGAAAUGAACCUCCAUAGUACCAAUUAGUAUCUCGUUACUAACCAGCAUUACAUAACACUUUCAAUGCCUUCAAAUCCAUCUCCAACUUGGACCCUGGGGUUUUCAGUGAUGUCAAGACAAAACACAUUAAGGAUGUGUGACUAAAACUAACUGGAUUUUCAUAGAAUCUCAGUAAUUGAAAUCAUGUGUAAUAUUAUAAAGUUUAUAAUGACAGAAUAAUCAUCAACAGACCCAGAUCUGCCAGUAUCUGAAAGCAUAUCGUUAGCAGCCUCUUUUUCCAGUCAGACGCCUGUUGCUGCUAAAAGUAUCCACACAUAUUUUGUUCAUAGUAUUUAUAUUGUCCACAUUAGGUAUAAUAUAUGAAUUUGACCAAUUGUUGUGUAAAAGUUGUUCAUAAAGUUGGAAUGACUGCGACUUUUAAGUACAUAUAUGUGAUGGUAGUAAAACAGAGGUGCUUUUUUUUCUUUCAGUUUCAGUCAUGCCUUACAUCUGUUUCACUUUUAAGCACUGAUAAAACAUUGGUCAUCCGACGAUAAUCUUGAUUGGAAUCCUCAAACAUGUGUCAGUACCGCUCUCCCCGUGUCCAUUUCGAGUUAGUAUAAAGCACUUUAAAAACACUAUAGAUUUCACACAUGUUUCCGUUGCCCUGACGAUAAACCUGACCGUUCUGUGAUUGGCUGAAGGCUGCGUGUGGCGUCUCGUGGGCACAUUCGCUCUGAUCAUACUUGUUCUUAACUAAUUGUAAUUGGUGAUUUUUGUUACAUGGCUAAAGUGAUGAGUUAGUGUUUUGUUUGUGCGGCUCACCGACAUGUCUCCCACUCCCCGAUCCCACCGAACUCCCUCAAACUAAGUGCUCACCAUAUUGACAUCGUCUUUAAAGUAAAAUGCACAUUCAGUAUACUGUCUCCAUGACAUCAGUUGUGGUAUAUAUUAAAACCCCUUUCGUGUACCUGACUCAUUUUCUGUCCGAUCGUGGAUAAAACUACUGGUGGGGAAAACCAAAAUAAACAAUUAUGUUUUUA